AAUCAACGUCAAAAGCAACAGAAUCAGCACAGAAAUCAACGGAAACAAUUCAUGCAACAAAUUCUACAUAGUUAUCAACGAAAACCACGUCGCAACCCAAUUACCGCUAUUCCACCCAUUAAAGCUCCUACAGAAUUAUUGUCAAUUACCAAAGGCAUGAAUGCCAUAGACACUAAACAAUCCACAGCAACUGCAGCAUCGCCUAGUCUUAUCGUUCCAGAAGCUUCAAAAAUUAUUGGAGAUCCAAAACCUGCAGGUUUGUCGAAAACCUCCGAGCCGUUUGUAGCACCAGCAGAUAAAAAAUUGCCGGAAUUAUCGAAAUUUGCCCAAGAACGAGUUGUUACAGAGACCACGACAGCUGCAGUGCCAUCAAAAAAAAUCGAAGAACCAAAACCUGCAUCAUUUAUAGAAGCAAACAGAAGGACAUACGCUGAAGAAUUGUCAAAAACUCCAGAGGAUACAAAGACCACAGCAACGUUGGGACAGGAUUCAUCAGAUAUCGUGUCUAAAGCCGCACCAAAGGCAAUCCCAGCGAUAGCAGCUGCCCAUUAAAGGAAACCAGACGUAUUAGUUACAUUUUUGGAAUGAUUCUCUUGAAUGGACCUUUUGACUUUCUUUUAGAUUUCAUUUUAAUUUAAUUUAGUCCUUUUCUUCAGCUAAAGUGGGUUAUCGAAGGCUCUAUUUAUGAAAAUAAAUGUUCAAUUCAAAUCUACUUAUUGUGAAACAAUACUUGGUUAACCGAAAUAAAUAUAAUAUGAACAUUC